AUGGAUGUGGUCUUUGACCAAAUAUGUAAAGAGAUAAUAUUACACAUCGAUUUGCUUAAUUUCCCAAACACAGGGGGUGUACCGUUACAUCUUGAUAUCUAUGGUUACCUGAGGGUGAGGAUGCGAGCGGUGAGGGCGCGGCGCGUCGCGGGGCUCGUGCGCGCGCGCACCGCUCAUGCUAUGCGGCGCAUGCCAGGGUCGCUCUCAGGCGCUGCAACGGUAAUAUCCUUAGAUUAA